AGGUGCCGUACUGAUCGCCUCGAUGACAAGGCCGUCAGUUACUGUUCGUGCACGAAUGCGACGAAAUACCCGAACCUCUUGGCGGGUUUUCGCUCGGAGCUGCGCUCACGAGACCAGCUCGACAAGGAAACGGAGGUGACGUUUCUACGAAGAGAAGACAGUGAACGUUAACUCGAGACGAUCGGCAAGCAUCGACGGACUUAAGUACGAGAGACACUAAUCAAGAGGCACAGAGAACCUAUCGAGCACCUGAAGCUGCAUUUUAGUCCAACUUUGGCCGCGCUGAUAGGCGGACGAUUCGUAGCUGAAUGAGGCUCAUGGAACCCUUGGGUCUUGCCCCAGAUAUGGUGGAGACGGGCGCAUUGAAAAAAUGGUCCGACUUCCCUGUCCAGCACCGAUUUACUGAUUACUCCAGUUCCAUUGGAGAACCUACGCAUCAUACUAUCAGUCCUUUUCCUUGUCAACCAGCACUUAACAACAAACUUGCACUAUGGGCUGGAGAUAUUUCUGUGUUACAAGUAGAUGCAGUGGUGAAUUCUACCAAUGAAACAAUGGAUGAUAACAGCCCUAUGUGCCAAAGAAUAUUUGCUCGGGCUGGUUCGGCGCUUAAGAUGGAAAUAUUUAAUGAAAUCAAAGAAUGCAAAACAGGUGAGGUAAGAGUAACACAAGCCCAUGGGUUACCUGCACGUUUUAUUAUUCAUACUGUAGGACCAGUAUACAACGUGAAGUACCAAACAGCAGCUCAAAAUACGUUGCACUGCUGCUAUAGAAAUGUUUUACAAAAGGCACGAGAGCUUGGUUUACGCACGAUUGCGCUACCAGUAAUUAAUACUGUACGAAGAAAUUAUCCUCCUGAUGCGGGAGCACAUAUUGCACUUAGAACAAUAAGGAGAUUUCUGGAGCAAUAUGGUGAUUCUGUAACAUGUAUUAUAUUUGUGUUGGAACCGUGUGAUCUUGGAAUAUACGAAGUUCUUCUUCCUCUUUAUUUCCCAAGAAAUUUAGCAGAGCAAGAUAAUGCGUGUUGGCAGUUACCAAACGAUAUAGGUGGGAUGGAUGGUGAACCUUUACUUCCUGAUCGACAAAUUAGAAUCAUCGACAAUCCUCAACAUGCUUUACACGGCGAUGAAAGUAUAGAACUAUCUGCGCAAUUAGAAACAUCCGUUAACAUCGGUGAACACGCGUUUGCACAAAUGCAGGGUGAUUUAGAUAGACAAAGACUCCUCGGGGAAAGGCCACCAGCUGAUCCACUUGCGGAUAUCAUGCUGAAGCAAAUGCAACAAAAAGAAAGAUACGAGAGGCUCCUCAGGAGAGCGAAAACGGAGGAUCUGUCGGAAGUUUCAGGAAUUGGCUGCCUCUAUCAAAGUGGUGUCGAUCGUCAGGGUCGACCGGUCGUCGUGUUCGUCGGCAAAUGGUUCCCUGCCACUAAAGUCAACCUAGACAAGGCACUUCUAUACCUGAUACAAUUGUUGGAUCCAAUUGUUAAAGGCGACUAUGUUAUCGCUUAUUUCCACACGUUAACAACUAGCAACAACUAUCCCAGUCUACAUUGGUUGCGCGAAGUGUACAACGUGCUUCCUUACAAGUAUAAGAAGAACCUGAAACACUUCUACAUUAUCCAUCCGACUUUCUGGACUAAGAUGGUGACGUGGUGGUUCACGACGUUCAUGGCUCCAGCCAUCAAACAGAAGGUUCACAAUUUACCUGGAGUAGAGUAUCUUUAUGACGUGAUGUCUCCCGAGCAAUUGGAGAUUCCUGCAUAUAUCACGGAAUACGACAUGACGAUAAACGGCAUGAGGUACUACCAGCCGGAUCCAAUCUCGUCAUCACCUUCGACGUCCACGUAACUCUCCGACCCGGCCUCCCAGCCAGCGAAGCACUGGACAGAACGAAGCUGUCGGAUCGACCGUUCCGCUCGAUAGUAUGGUGUCCGUAAUGACACGCGCGUGUUCCCUCGUGUACCGACCACCGUAUAUCGCUUCCACCAGUUCGGCACGAUCACGUUCUAAGGAAAUCUGCCAAAGGAGGCGAGUUGCUGAUCGAUCAGAGACAGUCGGUUCCUCAAAAGCGGCAAAAGUGCCUGGUGAUGGACGGGAAACGUCGAAGACUUUGGAAGAUGAAGAAUGGUCGGUGCUUCGCACGACAGUUAUUUCCCGAUUGAUCGCUGAAGAAUCAAGAAACCACUGCCCAUCUGUCUGUUUCUCGCUACGAGUCGCAUGCUCUUUGCUGGAGGAAAAGAGAUUUCUUCCGGCUCUUUAGGUUUCCUAUGAAGAACGUUUGGCCGUACAUUGACCGAUGCUGGACUAUAUCGAAAAAAUUAAACACUCGAGAAACACCAUGAAAUCAAUGAAAUCGAAGAUCGAGGGAGAAUCAGGAAAUUGCUAUUCGCGUGCUGCGCGGAUAUCGGCUGCCAAAACACCAAUAAUCAGUAUUCUCGUCGUCGUUGUUACGAUGGAACGUGGGAUCUUGUUGUUCUUAUAAAUAGGUAGCUAUUGUACGGUUUUAGAAUCAGAAAAGGAGCAUUAUUGGUGGAUAUAUGAGGAAAAGGGCGUCGACGACGAACCAUAGAAUUAAAUGACGGCUUAAUAUGAAAACUGUCGAUCGCUUUUUUGUUAUUUUCUUAUCCGUCGUUGUACAGCAAAAAGUGUCUAUUCGAUUAUUGUACAUCGUAUUUUAUUAUGUCACGUCGUUGGUGAAUGAGUCGCGGGUCGCUGGCACGCGGUAUUUUCGAUAUAUGUAGAAAAAGAAAAUCAUGAAGAGAAUGGUAUAUAACAUUGCAACUUCUCGGCUGACAGGAUGUAAAGAACGGCAGGUUCUUCCCGUGGCGCUACGGCUUCGGUUCUUUAGCGUGGAUCGUUUAAUCCAACGUGUAGGACUGAUUAACGUUAAGUGCUCGUUCAGUACGUACUUCGGGUUUGUCCACGAUGGGUCAAUUUAGUGUCGUCUUAAGAUCGUUCAUUUCCAUAUUGUAAUCUUCUAAUGAAAUGAAACGAACCCCAAUGACGCCUAGUCGAUUCAUAUUCGACGUGAAUGAGAAUGCCAGAAAAAUUCAAUGGCUGAGCGCCGAGGUCGUACUCGCGGUUCAAUUCUAGAUUAGAUGAAGCAAUAAACUCUAAAAGCUUUCUCGCGAUCUAUAUACAUAUGUACAGCGUGUUCAGUUCAAAUAUAAACACACUAUUUUACAUCUAAUUAUUAAAAUCUAUAAACAAAUUUUUCAUAUGAAAGUUGAUUUGAUGGGAGAAAUUUAAUUUGAAACUUGAAUCAUCUUCUGAAUGUUUCAAAUAUUAUUCAGUGUUCUACGUUAAAUCGAAUAACUUUCAUCUAAAAAAUUUGUUCACAUUUUUUAACAGUUAUAAAAUUAAUAGCAUGUAUAUAUAUAUAUAAAUCGGAUGUACUUCAUACACAUAUGUAUAUAUUUCGUGAAACCGGAUCGUUAUACUCGUUGUUAAGCAUUUUUAGGAGCUCGAAGUGGCGAAACAAAAUGUUGACGAUAUCGCGUUCGUAGACCACGUCGAUUAGCCCAUUUUUCUCGCGCCGUUUCACUCUCCUAAGGGUUUACUCGAAUCAGAAUCAUUCAGCAACCCCCUCAAAAAAAGAACAAGAAUUAUUGGCUCGUAGUGAAUGAACGAACUAAGAAUAAUGGGUUAUAAUUGACCGUACGUCCGAGUCAGAGAUGUGUGUAUACGUUAUAAUUUUAUUAUUAUUAACUCCAAAUAUAGUUCAAGGAUGCUUGAUCGUUGA